GUUCUUCAUACUGUUAAGCUAUUAAGCCAACGUGGUGGAGGCAGUCUUCUUGAGCCACGCACUUUCGGUGGGGUCCAGGGGCAACGUCUGGAUUGUGUGGCCUCUGAUGCACUUACAUACCCAUUCUACUUGGAUUCUUCGAAGUUCAACUUGCAUGACUACAAACGUUCAGUGGACAAUAUGGGGGCUAACAAUGAGGGUUCACCAACAGGGGCAGGUGAACCUGUUGAAGUGGAUGUACCUCACUUGGGAGAACUUGGAAGGGAGACGACUAGGGGGGUGGGGGCUGUGUUUGAUACAAUUAGGCCUGGUGAAGGUGAGCAACUAGCAUUUCAGCAAAUUGGUGUUACUCUUGAUCUAGAUACGUCUGUACUUGCAGGCUCUGCUGUUGGGUUGCUGGGGGAUGGUGUCUUUUUGGGUGUGAAGUUUUGCAACCCUGGCGCUUCAACUCGGUCUAAGCGUAUUAGCCCUUCAUGCAAGCUUCGGGGGUAUUCUUCUGGUGCAAUGCCAGGGCUGCGUGAGGACAAUCCUGAGCAUGCGCAGAUGCUAAGGAGUCCACAGUUCAUCAACAUUAAACUACGACCAGGAAAGGAGCUUGAUCCAUCAUCCAGUGACCCCAUUACGCAUGCAAGGCGGGAGGCUGGUUAUGCAACAGAUUUGGGAGCUUCGACCUACAUCGGGAGAUUGGAUGGUGGUAAUAUGUACCUCUUGGUGCCUGACAUGAGAGCGCUUCCAGCUACUGGAAACCCAAGGAGCGAUGUGUUUGCCCAUAUCAUACAAGUACUUCGCUACAUUGUGGUCAACACAUUACCAAGGGGAUACUCAAGUCCUGUUGCAGGACUUGAUGAUGAUUUCCUGUAUACUGCCAGCUCCUGGGAUACUGUGGGCUCACGUGCUGUCGUCCAGACCUCUUCUGCCCACCUUACGAAGUGGUUUAAUGACAACCUUUCUUACAGUGGUGUGAGAGAGCUAAGGCUACACCGCUAUAACACAAUUGCUGAGGUGUGUACCCGUCUUCAUGAGCUACAACGACAGCAGUCAAUCGAUGACUUUAACAGAUGGGUAGAUGCUUGGAGGACUAUCCUGCAGAAAGCUCUGUUGGAGGUUGGUGUCACAUUUGACCCAGUAACUAACCAAACACACAAAACAGUUUUAGAUAUUGUAGCAUGUGACAAGAUGUGGGUAUACGUUGAGUACUUUCAUGAGAAAAAGCCGCUGCACCAGCCCUUUGCAAUUGACAUGUUAUCAGAGGAGAAUAGAGUUCCUCCUUCAGAGUGGAUGGAGGCUGCAAAAGCUGAUGCUGUCUUCUGGCUGAGGCGAGCUUUUCGAUUCGAUCGGCUCGAGGGGUACAAGUCUACGUGUGUCUUUGCAUCAUUUUUUGGAGCUCAGAUCAUUCCUUGUCAGGAUGGGAAACCGGAGGUCCCUGUGUCAAUAGUGUCUGAUCAUGAUGCUGGGGAGGGGCAGACUGGUAACUGCAAUUUUUCGGCAGGAACUUUGUCAGCUAGCCUGAGGAGUGAGGUGUAUGAUCCUGCACGUGUGUCACCUAUGUAUAGGACUCGGAUGAAAUACCGUGUCACAUCUGCUUUCUCAUCACGGGUGACCCACUAUGGAGUGCAGGGCAACUACAGCAUGGGGACUGGGUUUGUGGUGAGAUUGUCAAACAACAUCAUUGGACAUAUACAGCAUGUGCUAUCGAAUGCUCUAGGUGCCCAGCAUGAAGAGAGUGUCCGUUCGCUGUGCAACAACUGGGUCAAGCCUGUGACUAUGAUGUCUGAACAACUUCGGCGUGAUGUUCGGCGUGUAGGGGAGUCCUUGCCUUGUAUGGCCCUGCCAAUUAACAAGGGGUUUAUUCAUUUUCUAGUUUACCAUUCCUACUUUGCACAUGGGUCAACACCGCUGCUGGAUGUGGACGCCCAGAAUGCACUCCUGAGGAGGUUCCAGCUCCUGGUAAAUGCUAGUGGGUCACAAGCACAGCAUCUACAGGAGGACGUCAAGGAAAGGCUUGCCUCACUUCAACAAAAGGUGGAGUCGGGAUUCCAGGCCAACUAUGGUGGGAUGAAAAGGACUGCAGAGGAUUGUGCCCCUAACCCGUUGCGUUUUGAGUGGGGGGUUCAGGGAUUUACUGAGCCAGGAGGCACCCACAGUGAUGUUGGGAUUUUGGAGUUGGUGUCUCGUGCUAUUGAUGAGAUAGUAAACCGUUUGCUUCUGUUUGAUUUCCGUUAUGAAUGCAUCUUUGUUCCGAGUUGCCUUUGGGGGCCCUACCUUCACAGCUCGCUUAUGGCCUGGUUUGAUGUUGCUAAGCACAUCGCAGAGAACCCAUUCUUGGCAAAGCGUGAUGGUGAAAGUUUGAAGCUCCUUUGCCAGUGGCCAUCAACCCUGUGGUGGAACUUCCGGAAUGGGGAGCGUACCAGCCUGGUUCCGGUAAGCAGGCUCUUGAAGGAGCUCAUGGGUGUCAAUGUCAUUUACAAUCCACCGGCUAUCCGCUCGAGGCCUAUUGUGCAGACAUUGCGUGCAGAAUUCAUUGAGUUUCUUGUUGGUUGGGGGCCUGAGUGGCGAGAGGAGGCUAGUGCAAUCAAGAGUUUGUUGCAAGGGCUGUUUGAUAACUUUACUGUGGAGAGGGCAACGUGGGUUUUGGAGCAAGUUUUAAAGAAUGAUGUGUUUCCUGGAGAGUUGUUGUGUUUGAGUGGUUAUGCAUGUGAGCAGCUAUUGAAGCCCAUUCUGGAUGCAUCUGUGCUUGAGGCUUUUGCCAUGGAGAGGAGCACCAAGGUUAUCUACCUUGAUGAGCGUUCUCCAGAGCCAGGUGGCUUUCCCAACUCAGUGAAUGUGGUGGGCAUCAGUUACUUCAGGGCUGCAGUUGACCAAGGGUGUGUCCGGGAGAAGGACAUUUUCAGUAAGGUCGAGGACUGGGGUUUGCACCAUGGGUUCCUCAAGAGUGAUGUGACUGCUAUUGCAUGCGUUACCACACCGAAGCCACACCUGUCCCAGGCAUGGGAGCGAUUCAUGCGGGACAUGUCUUUCCGCCAGCUUAUGGUGUUGCAUAUUGCCCCUUUCUGGAAUGCUACGAGGCCGAAGGGGGUCCAGCCUUGGAAUGUUUCGGUAAGGAGCCCUAUGGAGGUUGCUCAUUUGAUUGCUGAGGAGACAUGGAGGCUAGCAGCCAAGCGUCUCAGGGGUGUAGGGUUCCCUUUGGGUGCACCCUUGACCUUUCGGGCUCUGGCCUUAAUUGCUAUGCACUAUAGGGUGUUGAUGAGCUAUGGUGUGAGUGAGGCUGAUGCAAAGGAUCUGUGGAAGCAUGCUAUUUUCUAUGCCAAAAAUGGAGGCAUGUGGCAUAAGCAGCCUGCUCAGUGGGAUGCCGUUCCCUGUGCAGGUCAGCUGCAGCGUGAUAUGAAGGAAAGGAUGUCAUUUCUACUGCUUACAACCGAUUUGGAUAAAGGUGUUGACCCAAUGGGGUGCCUGAGUGGUGUGUGUGAGCGUGCCAGUGCGGAGAGCCUAGCGUAUGCGUCACGCUUUGAAGGAAAGGAGCAGGCUGUUUUGGG